UGCUCGGCAUCCAAUGGCAAAAUUGAAAAGUUUCACCUUUUGACAAAGUUUGGUUUUCCACAAAAACAUUGCAAUCUGAUGCAGCACAGAAAUAAUCUAGAAUAAUUAAUUAUAUCAGAAAUAGUCCUCAAUUUUGACAAUAUGAUCAACCAAAGCACCACGGUCGUUUUCAUGUAUAGAACUUUCCCAUAAAUUUCCUCCUUUUUCCUUCUAUACUAAGUCUAAAAGCCAUGAUCAACACAAAAGACCUAUUCCCUUACCCCUUGUGCACCAUUCUGAAAAAAUGGAGUUCUUCCAAAGAGCAAAGGUCUUCCGGCUAAAAACCAGCAACCAGAGCAAGUACCUGAUAGCCGAUCAAGAUGAAGAUACAGUCAAGCAAACCCGCGACAGCUCCUCAACAUACACACGUUGGUCAUUCGAGCUUGUUGAGGGAAAGACUAAUGUCAUCCGCAUCAGGAGCUGCAACAGCUGGAAAUACUUAGCCGCGUCUGAAGAACCUUUCCUGCUUGGAAUGACAGGAAAGCGAGUUGCACAGAGACCUUGGCUCGGUGCCACAGUCGAAUGGGAGCCGAUCAAAGAAGGGCCUUACAUCAAACUCAGAAGUCAUACCGGAACUUUCUUAAGGUCAAACAAAGGACUUCCUCCUUGGAGAAACACCAUUACUCAUGAUCUGCCUGGUCAUUGGACAGCCUCUGAGAACAUGAUCCUGUGGAUUGUUGAUAUCGUCGAAAUCGAUCAUAAGUCAACUAAUGGUGAUUCAAAAUCCUUUAAGGGAAAUGCUGUUCCUUCUCGGUUAAGUAAUGCAGUGGAUCAUAAAUCUUUUUCAAGCUGCUCUACUUUGUCAAUUGAGGAUGAUGGCCCGUCUACGAAUUCGGCUUCCUCAUUAGAGCAUUCGAUCUCCUUCAGCAACUUAAGGUCUAUGUUAGAUGGCCUAGACGAUAAAGUUUAUGUUGUAACAGAACGAACAACAUCAGAUACAGGACGCGUUCUCAAAUCAGAAAUUCAUAUGGCUAAGCAAUCUCUCAAAGAACUGACGGACAUGGAUUAUCAUGGCAUCUUAUCUUUAGGACUAUACAAAGAGCUAGAAAAGGCAAUAAGUAAACUUUCUGCUGAUAAUAAAACAUCGCGGCAAGAAACUCUACAAGAGCAACUUAAGACGAUGAAAAAUGACCAUAACUUAGCCACUCAGGAUUUAGUUGAUUAUGCUACAUUUGACAGUAAAAUAUUGGAGAUCAAGGCCGAGGUUGAUAAGGAUGUGGCCAAGGCUUGUGUGUUAGAGGCCACCCUUGACAAAUGGUUCAGCGACGAGUAUGUAAAUCCAAGAGCUAACAAAGAGGAGUUGUUGAUGGAAUUAGAAGAAACAGAAAGCAGCAUCAAGGCUGUGGAAGUGCUCAGAUCACGAAUAGCGAAGAAAAAUGAGAGACUAGAGGAGAUGGAAGCAAAGGAGGAAUCAUGGCAAGCAAGGCAACUUGAAGCUGAAAGAAAAUUAGAAAGAGUUGAGAAAGAAUGGGUUAAGAUUAAGAGCUUGUUUAAAGAUGUUUAAUUAAUUUAGAGUAUUCAUUUGGCACUUUCUUGCUUUAAUGAUUAAAUUAAUUACAAUUUGAAUAUAUUGUAAGCAUAUAACUCUUGAAAAAAUUUCUCUAAGAUUACAGCAUUAAGAGGCUCUGAGCUUACAUAUUAGAAUCACCCACAGUAGCAGCUAAUGAAAUUAUGAAAUAACAAAACUGAAUGUUUCUUCCCUAUUUUCCUUUUCCCUCAGUAACAAGCACCUUAUGAUGCUCGUUGACAAAGACCACAAAGUCAACUUGACCAGAUCCUUUCCUAUGCUUUACCUCCCUUCUCUUCUAAUUAGAGGUGUUGUUGUAGAACGCAUGGUGUUUACAAAUAGAUUAAGUAAUUGUGCCAUGAGGAAAAAAGAGAGAUGGAGGAAUUAUUACUCUCAUAAUGAGGGUAAUAGUUACCCACCCUCCCCCUUGUGUAACUAUUACCCUCAAAAUGAGGGCAUUAGUUCCUCUUUCUUCACCUCAUACCACACCAUCACUACGUAAUUUUCCUUACAAUCACACCAUCACUAUCUCCUCCUUCCCUAUUUUCACUUCAUUUUACUUAGUUUGACUUUUAUUACCCUAGUAAUACAUCUCCCCCAAUCCAAACAUGCCUUAGAGGGAUCAUCAAUGAACAUGAUUUCUUCAUCAGCUCUUUAUUAUUGUUUUUACUUGAAUAUGGAAUCUUAAGUUUCCGGGGUGGUGUUUUCAAUUGGAGACUACUAACAGGUCUUACACUGCUAUAUUUUUGGGAUUAUGUUGG